AUGGCUUCAUAUCGACCAUUAAAUGACGGUUAGUAGAACUUCACAUAGGCUACGAAUCCUCAGAUCGUUGCGGGUUUCGAAAUUUUGAGAUAAAGUGUGCGUUUAGGAAUGCAGCAAAGCGAAUCUGCUCGUAAGAGCUCCAUGAAAGCGUAGGCCUUGGUUUCUAGACAAAGUCAGAUGCUUAACCAGAUGAAAGAAUAAAAAAUUAUGGUAAAGGAUGUCAUUGUACCAGUGGAUACUCCUACCAAUACAAAACAAGAUGUCCUCAAAAAGGCAUAAAACAAAGGAGAAGAGUACAGGAACAUGGAUGAGCAUAAGGUAGAUAUAAUAACUUUAGCAAACAGAUUGGGAACAAGCAGAGAGGAAGGAUUAUCUGAUGACUAAGCUGUAUAAAAGAACCAUUAGUAUGGUGAUAAUAAGUUAUCAGAAAAAGCGAAGACUCCAUGGUGGAUUAAAUUGAUAAAGGAGAUGGUUCAGCCAUUUUCAAUUUUGUUAUGGAUAGCCUCCUUCGCAUGUUUUGCUUUGUAUGGUGUGAAUCCAGAUGCCCUAGGAGCAAAGUCUAACUUGUGGUUGGCAAUUAUUUUGAUAGCAAUUAUUUUACUAACAGGUUCAAUUACCUAUAAUCAAUCUGCCAAGGCUGAUGCUUUGAUGGAAGGAUUUAAGAAUUUCUUGCCUUAAAAUUGUAUAGUAAUUAGGGGGGGACAAAGGAAACAGGUUCCUGCAGAGAAGAUAGUGCCAGGAGACAUAGUAGAAGUGAAGAUGGGAGACAAAAUACCUGCCUGA